AUGGAUAUGAUUAAAUUUUUUUCGUAUAAGUUAACUGUUACAUAUAUUAUAAUUUUAUUUUUUAUUCAUAUAUUGCUUUGCACUAGUAAUGAUUUAAACAAUAAAUUUUCACAUGAAUCAGAUCAAUUGGAAAAUUUUUUAGAUGAUCUUAAUAGAUUUAGUAACAAAAAAUACAUUUGGUAUUCUACUACAAAUGGAAUCAAUUCAAGGACAUUAAAAAAAGCUUUAAAAAUAUUUGAGCAAAAUACAUGUAUGAAAUUUAAAUAUAUUAAAAGAAUAAAAAAAGGUAAUUUUGGUUUACAUUUCCUUGGUUAUAUGGCUGUAAAAUAUCCUAAUAAUCAACCUAAUAGAAAUAAAGUUAAACAAGAUGUUAUUAUUUCUAAUAGUAGUUCAAAAAAUUUGGGUUACAUUCUUCAACAAACUGUUCUUGCAAUGGGUCUUAUUCCUCAACAUCAACGACCUGAUAGAGAUAAUUAUAUUAAAUUUAUUGAAAUGGAUUCUGAUUAUACAAUUCCUUUGGUAGAUAAAUAUUUAAAUAAAUACAGUUAUAGUGAAGUUAACUUAUUUGAUACAUCUUAUGAUUUUGGCUCAAUUACACAAUAUUCUUCUCAUUACUUUGAUAAAAUUUCAAGUAAUAUAAUGGUUCCUAAAAAUAUUUUUUAUAAUAAAAUGAUUGGACAACAAUAUGGUUUAAGUUUCAAUGAUAUUAAAAUAAUGAAUUUAGCCAUUUGUUCACAAAAAUGUGAAAAUGAGAAAAAAAUUUCAUGUGCUAAUAGUGGAUAUCAAGAUCCACGAAAUUGUUUAAGAUGUAAAUGUCCUAAUGGUUUUAGUGGUAUACGAUGUACUGAAUUAACCAGAACUGGAUAUAAUUGUCAUCAAACUAAAUUAAAAGCAACAAAUGAAGUAAAAAUUCUACAUAAAAGAGGUUAUGGUAAAUGUUAUUAUCAAAUAACUUCAAAUGUAGACACUAAAAUUGUUAUUUAUGUUACACAAGUACAAACAAUGCCAAGGAAAAUUUGUUAUGAAAAGAGAGGUCUUGAAAUCAAGUAUCGCAAUGACAUGGGUGCUACAGGACUUUGUCUCUGUGGAAAUUAUUCAAAUUUUUCAUUUUUAUCAGAGGGAAAUCGUGUCAUGAUUAAUUAUAAUGGAUAUAGAAAUAAUUAUUUUACAAUCAAAUAUGUUGUGGGCGAUAAAUGA